GAAGUCGCUUCUUUAGCGACAGCUUUAGUGCUGAUCCUGCGAGGAAACCAUGGAGCCCCAAAGACAGAGGGUGAAGACAACACUGCCAUUGUCCUUAGGAAGGUACCACAUUUCUGAAGACUGUGGCUUUCUUCUUCCAAACCCUCUGGCAGAGUAACAGAGAGGGAGAGAUGGAGAGAUCUUCCAUCUGCUGGUUCACUCCCCAGUUGGCUGCAACCACCAUAGCUGUGCCGAUCUGAAGCCAGGAGCCAGGCGCUUCUCCCAAGUCUUCCCAUGCAGGUCCCUUUUGCUUGUGCAGAAUCAUCCAGCUCUUCCCAAGACUGAAUGUGAGUGCUGUGGUGUCUUCCUUUUCCACAUUCCCAAGAAGCCUCCAUGAAGUUCAACCCUCAGUGAGCCGCUCAUAGAGCCCUUAGGAGCCAACAGGACAGAAAGAACUUCCAGAUCUUUAUAGGCCGUGGAUGGAAAUCGCCAACAAGCUUGCACACUUAAUUGAGAGUCACCAGCUUCGAGCUCACGUGAACAAGAUGCCCCUGCUGAGCUGCGCGCUCCUGAGGACGUACCGGGAGCAGCGCCUGGCGCACCUGGUCCUGGGUUUCCUGAGCAUGGGGUACGUGUGGCAGGAAGGCGACGCGCACCCCCAGAAGGUGCUGCCCAGAAAUCUUGCCCUUCCCUUUGUUGAGGUCUCCAGCAUCUUGGGGCUGCCUCCCAUCCUGGUCCACUCAGACUUGGUGCUGACAAACUGGAUGAAGAAAAACCCAGAAGGACCCCUGGAAAUCAGGAACUUGGACACCAUCGUCUCGUUUCCCGGGGGAGAGAGCCUGCGCGGUUUUGUACUGGUGACGGUUUUGGUGGAAAAGGCAGCUGUACCUGGGAUUAUGGCACUCGUUCAGGCAGUAAAUGCCAUCUCACCGCCUGACCAGGACACCCUGCUUCAAGCCCUGCAGCGACUGAAGCUCUCCAUUCAGGACAUGACCAGCACCUUGGGACAAAUGCACGAUUAUGUAGAUCCAGACAUAUUUUAUGCAGUCAUCCGGAUCUUUCUCUCUGGAUGGAAGGAUAACCCGGCAAUGCCCAUGGGGCUGAUCUACGAAGGCGUCUCGGAAGAACCCCUGCAGUACUCUGGGGGGAGUGCAGCUCAGAGCACCGUGCUCCACGCCGUGGACGAGUUCUUAGGCAUUCGCCACAGCCAGGAAAGCGCUGAUUUCCUGUGCAGGAUGAGAGACUACAUGCCGCCUUCUCAUAAAGCCUUCCUAGAAGACAUCCACUCGGCUCCUUCCCUGAGGGACCACGUCCUGUCCUCCGGCCAUGGCCCCCUUCGGACAGCCUAUAACCAGUGUCUGGAGACCCUGGCAGAGCUGCGUAGCUAUCACAUCACCAUAGUAACCAAAUACCUUGUCACAGCAGCAGCGAGAGCAAAGAGCAGAGGGUUGAGCCCCCUCCCCGGGCCACCACGGGCUUUGGAAGACAGGGGCACGGGCGGAACUCAAGUUCUGAGCUUCCUGAAGAGCGUCAGGAACAGGACCUUGGAGAUGAUCCUCCAGCCGAGUGGCUGAGCGUCUUGCCUGCUCCCCUGCCAUGCACAGCUCUUGCGGAGGGCAAGAGAACACGGGUGCGAAAGGGACCUCAGCCCCGUGCCUGUCUCACUCAGCUGUCAUCUCAGAGUUUCACUGGAUGGGGAUGCCCCAUUCUCUUCCAACACCUAAAUUUCAACAAAUACAUUUGCCAAUAAACAGA